ACUCUCCCGUCCUUUUCUGAUAACCCGCACACAAAAGCACAUACACGUAUAUAUACACACACACAUAUACACACACCAAUACUCUUAAUACUACAAUAAUUCGUGUGUGCGUUGCUGGUGGAAUCGAAUCUCGCCAGCAUUAUUUAAAAAUAUUAUAAUUUUUUUUAUUCCUUUUGGGUGUUAAAUUUAAUAUAAUAUAAAAUAUAUAUAACACAAUUGUCAUAUAAUGGCAUUGAAGCGAAUCAAUAAGGAACUUCAAGACUUAGGCAGAGACCCACCAGCACAAUGUUCUGCAGGACCAGUUGGUGAUGAUUUAUUUCACUGGCAAGCUACUAUUAUGGGACCACCUGAUAGUCCAUAUCAAGGUGGAGUGUUUUUCUUAACUAUUCACUUUCCUACGGAUUAUCCAUUUAAACCUCCAAAGGUUGCAUUCACAACUAGAAUUUACCAUCCGAACAUAAAUAGUAAUGGAAGCAUUUGUCUUGAUAUUCUACGGUCUCAAUGGUCACCUGCUUUGACCAUAUCUAAAGUUUUGCUGUCAAUUUGCUCGUUGUUAUGUGAUCCAAAUCCUGAUGAUCCUCUUGUGCCUGAAAUAGCUAGGAUAUAUAAAACAGACAGAGAAAAGUAUAAUGAAUUGGCCAGAGAAUGGACCCGUAAAUAUGCAAUGUGAUGGUUAUUUCUAAGUAUGUUGCCUGUCCACCCGUCAUCAGUUAAACAUUCUUUUUUUGCCCUGUACAACCUCAAAAAGAUCAACACUUUCAAUUUCCAACAAAUCUGGUAAAAGAUCACACUAUUGGAAAAAUACUUACAUAGUAUGAUUUUGAAAUUUUAUUUUAUUCAUAAAUGCCUAUAUAUAUAUAUAUAUUUUUUUUUUUACUUAUCACUUUGUCAUAAAGUUCAAUAUUGAUUAUGUAAGUGUCUCAUAAUAUAGAGAACAAAUUAAAAAUAUGAUGGUGUUUCUUUAGUAUUUAAAUUUUAAUUACUUUUCGGGAUAAAAGUGUAAUAGAUACAUGUGCUGGUGGCAUUUUAUAAAACUGCCUUAACCUACCCAAAAAUAAUUAUAAUAUAGUUUUUAAUUAUUAUUUA